AUGGACUCUUUUGCGCUUACAGAGGGUCUCGCCGUCGAGCAGCGACAAGAUGGCACAGCCGGACUCUCCGACAAGCUAUCUGAAGAAACCAAUAAGUUCCAGCGCGCGAUUGCAGCUUGGCGAGGAAUUGAUCUUGCCAGUACCAUAGCCAAACUCGAUACAACAGCGUCCGAUAUUGUUUCGCAACAACGAGAAGCUCUUGUGCAAAGGAAAGAACUCGCUCAAAAGACCAAGGACUUCAAGAAACUGGAGGAUGAAGCAAAACUUUCAGAAUACAAAGGUCUCUUGAAAGCGUAUCAAUCCUUCAUUGAUCUGUUGACAAACCAAGGAAAGGCCUCAUCUUCUGCGUUCCUUCAACUUUAUUCAUCCCUGUCGGAGGCCCCCGAUCCUUAUCCACUACUUGAAGCCUCCGUCGACUCUCUCGUGCUCUCGGAAGACACGGUCCCAAAACUCACAUCUGAGAAGACCCAAUUGCAACAAUCGGUCGAUCGCCUCACGAAGCAACAAGAGGAGACCGAGAAGCGACUACAGGAGGAACGCGCAUCAAAGAAGAGACUUGAAGAGAACCAGGACACCAAAGCGAAGGAAAUCGAGGAGUCAUGGAAUGCUGUACUCAAGGAGAAAACAAACAAUUGGGAGGCCAAAGAAAAGAGUCUUGAGAACAAACUUGAAAAUCAGGACAGACUGAUCAAGGAACUCAAGGCUAGUUACGAGGUCUCCCAGCGUCUGGGUGGAGACCAAGACGAAGGCGCAGAGGAACUCCGUACUGGAGCUACAGCUGCGGAAUUGGAACUUGUCUCUGCGGACCUCGAGAAGACCAGCCUUAGACUGGCUGAUAUGGAGGCGCGGAAUGAGCAGCUUCGACUGGAGUUGGCCCAGGCUAUCUCGCACUCCACCCACGGCCAAAGCGUCUCCGUUGAGGAUGAUCCAAACUAUCAGCGUCUUCAGUCCGAGAAUUCCGCCUUGCUGCGCAAGCUUGAUGCUGCGCGAUAUGACAAAGACUCGACCCGACACACGUGGGAGGCGAAGCUCCUUCAAGUUGAAAGAACUGCCUCGAAGGCUGCCAUGGAGAGGGAUGAACUACGUUCUCGUCUCGAGAAGGUCUCCGACUACGAUGAUAUUCGCCGGGAGCUUGAAAUGAUCAAGUCAAUUGAAUUCGCCACAGGCGAUGACGAGGAUCAGAAUGACAAACAACCGUCUAAUCCGGACAAGGAGACCAGCAAUAAUGGUACACCGGCCUCGCAAUCAAAAGACAAGAGUUCGCUGGAACAACUAUUGAUGGCACGUAAUAAGAAGCUCACCGACGAGCUCGCCGUACUUCGUGUAUCGACUCGCGACCUCCAGGACCAACUGGAUUCUCUGCGAGUUGAGCUCUCGACCACCAAGAAGGAGCUGCAAAAGUCACAAGGACUGGCCGCGACCUUGGAGAAUGAUCUUCUACGUGUUCAAGAGGAAGCUGCCAACACGUUCCCAUCGUCAGCAAUGUCCGUGGCAGGCACUUAUGCAUCCAGGUUUCCGCAAUCAUCCCGACGAGGCGGAGCGGUGUCCCCUACUUCUUCCAUCAUUUCUGGAUUUGACCAAUCCACCGCUUCCACCCAUACCAUGGACGCUAUCCGGGCAGGAGAGCCCGUAGGUGGUGGCUCUGGCCUACUGCCUAUGAUUCAGGCACAGCGAGACCGGUUCAAGAAGAAGAACGCCGAAUUAGAGGAAGAGCUGUCCAAGCUGUACAGCACUGUCAAAUCACUUCGGCAAGAAGUUGCAACCCUGCAAAGAGACAACCUAAGCUUGUACGAGAAGACUCGUUAUGUCUCAACAUACAACCGAGGCCAAGGCGCGAUGACUUCAGCUUCUUCAUUUGGAAAUGGUCCAAGCUCGUCCUCGAUGCACGUCGCGCACGAUGCGCCCGAUCGAUAUCAGUCGGCAUACGAGGCGCGCAUCUCACCAUUUGCUGCUUUCCGAGGCCGGGAAUCCGCCCGUGCCUACAAGCGUAUGACACUCCCUGAGCGGAUCGUCUUCUCGCUCACGCGCAUCAUUUUGGCGAAUCGAACAAGUCGCAAUCUCUUCGCAGGAUACUGCCUGGCCUUGCAUAUUCUGCUCUUUACAGUGUUGUACAUGAUGAGCACGACCGAGAUUGAGAAACACAGUGCUAUGAGCGCUCUUGGCGGCGCUGCUGCCGCGGCUUAUGGCAGCAGCAGUGGAUCAGGGCUCGCUGGUGGUGGUGGCAGCAGCGGCCAGUUGCAUGGGGAUGAUUGGCAGCCAGAAGGAUUUAACCACGCGAGCUGA